ACUUGAGUGCAACGUCCAUGUUGUCGUUUAGAUAUUUACUUCCGGUGCUUGUCCCGCGCGAAGUAGUCUCGUCGACAUCACAUUCGUCGACGUAGUACGUUCCUCCGUUCGAAUCGGAUUUACACGGGCGUCAAGAUUGGCAUCAAAGUCAUGGGGAUACGGAGUGCCGAUACGGAGUGCCGCGACGGAGCAGCCAGGAGCUGGGAUGUUGCGUUGGGAAGCGAGGAUGGAGAACACCGAGACGUCUAACGCAAAUCUACACGAACGUCAGGACUGGUGUCAAAGUCGUGGGGAAGAUACGGAGUGCCGCGACGAAGCAGCCAGGAGCUGGGUUGGGAAGCGAGGAUGGAGAACACCGAGACGUCUGACGCGAGUAACGACACAUCGUAUAUUUUCAGAUCUACACGAACGUUAGGACUGGUGUCAAAGUCGUGGGGAAGAUACGGAAUGCCGCGACGGAGCAGCCAGGAGCUGGGAUACUGCGUUGGGAAGCGAGGAUGGAGAACACCGAGAUGUCUAACGCGGAUCUACACGAACGUCAGGAUUGGUGUCAAAGUCGUGGGGAAGAUAUGGAGUGCCACGACGGAGCAGCCGGGAAAGCCGGAUGGAAAGCUAGGAUGUAGGAUGCAGAAAUGUAUGACGCAGGACACCGAGACGCGGAUAACGACACAUCGUAUAUUUCCAGAAAUGUUUCGUGCCGUACGAAACGACGCUAUCGGAAAGAUGAAGAAAAGAAGGAAGGAAAGAAGAAAUGAAGGGAGAAAGUACGGAAGAAAGGACGAAGGGAAGAAAGGAAGAAAGGAAGAAAGGAAGGAAGGAAGGAAGGAAGGAAGGAAGGAAGGAAAAAAGAAAAUAAGAGCGCUUUGUCGACUGUAAAUUGAACCGCCGUCGUUUUUCCUUCCGAUCUUCUUUUACCGCUCCUUUUAAUCAAGCGCUUUUCCUGUUUUUAAGUCGACAAACUCCUUCUUACUCCUCGUAAUUAAUGCAUUAAAGAGCGACCAAACCAUGCAUUUAUUUAACAUGCGCGCAUGCGUUAAACAAGUGGAAAAAAUUACUCUGAUUAUAAAAAUUUUCCCAGUUAAAUACUUGAUGCAUAUCUGCCCGCGAUAUUGCCAUUAAGUGCUCGAAAAAUUUGUCUGGAUCACUUAACCAACCGAGCGCUUUUCGCGCGAGAGCUCAACGAACCUUAAUUAAAUGUGCAUCGAUAAUUCGAUAUUUGACCGCUGCUUGCUAUUCGACGUUGGUUUUGUCCUCCGAUUUCGAAAAAGAACAAAACGUCCGAACCUGCGAGAAGACGAAGCAUCUCUCUUGUCCGUCUCGGAAACUAUCGACAUCUCGAUGAAAGAUCCAAUUUCUUUGGAGACUUCAAAGUGUUGCCAAAUUGAACUCUUAAAGGCACAGAGAGCCUCACUUCCGAGUGCCUUCAACGUGUCGGAUACUACAGCACUUAUAAAAUCUUUCACACCAUACCACAACAAUUCGCUUUUGUAAUAGUAUCACCUUAAUAAGAAUCUAUCAGCUCGAGGAUCUCUUUGCUUGAGUGCUGGAUAUCUCUAUAAUAUCUUAAAUUAAUGUGAGAGAGUUGCCAAAAUCGUACCGAUCUCGAUGCCUAAAUCGUAUUUGAUCGCAUUUCAUUAAUCGUAUUUGAUUUUUUCAAUGUUUGUAACACACACAAAAUACGAUAUGGUCUGAAAUUUUUUAUUUACAUUUCUCAUGGCUCGUUUAUUUCACAUUUUUAUCGUUAGACGUCUUUCAUAUGCAAUAAUAAUAAAGAAAUUGAUAAAGUACGAUUUAGGAAACUGCUACAAUUUCAGCAACUCUCCCUUGACAAUAAUAAUGAUGAGUUAAAUUGCUUUGUGCAAGCAAAGCAACAUGCUGUCGAAAAAAAUAUCAUGCGGACAAGACAUUUAAUUCCGCUAAAAUUGGGCGACAUUUACUUCCGGUAAAAUUGAUUAAAGUUUGCAGAACAAUAGCGGCGACUCUCGCCGAUUUGCAUCGACGGAAGGCUCUUCACACACACACACACACACACACACACACACACACACACACACACACACACACAUAUCCAGAGAAUGAAGAAUAGAAAAAUCUAUCUAUGUAGAGCAGGGGAAGGAAAAUCAGGGUGGCUGGCACCAUCGCAAAUUCAAUUAUGUUCGUGAGAUAUGACGGCCGACGUAAUCACGGUGGAUAUUGCGACCCGCGCAAUCUAACCGGGCGCGAUUGUUGCGCCCGAGUUUUCCACGCGCGAAAUACGGAUCACAAUUGCCCUCGUAUCGUGCCGAAUAGGGUUUGCUGGACCCCAGCGGUCCCGUCUUCCUUCGUAAGGAAAAGUAAUUUUGUCGGGUUCGGCAUGUUUCCCAAACGCGUACGCGGUUGUUUACUUAUGCGAAAGAAAGGCAGGCCCGUCGUCGCUCAACGAAGGUAUUAACAGCGUGAUGACUUGCCUGUACAGUAAAACAAACUUCAGUAGGACACCUCCAAGGACAAAUCUCGCACGGAGAACUACCAUGGUUGUUACACCCACAUUCUCUAUGGUUAGAGACGAAUUUAUAUGACUUCAAGCUAAGAUAUUGUAUUCAGAGAAUUACUGUUGUCGCGUAUGUCUAUCCAUAUAAUUCUCACAGCCACAGUUCUUAUGAUACAUAAUGGUUAUGAUACAUAAUGGUUAUACGUUUAGUUAGUAUAUCAUCAUAUAUACUUACCUCAGUCGAGAGAACUUGUGAUCUGUGGAACAAAUGCUACACUCAAAAAAAUGUUUCGCUGGUCCAGGGAGAAUCCUAAAUGUCACAGUUAAAAUUUAUCAUUACUUUUUGUAUCCGUUAGAAAAUUGUCUGUGGUGUGUAGAAUUUGCAGUAGCAGUAAUAUUUGUAAUCUUAUUUUGAUGAAUGUGAAAACUACUCAUUCGUUUGUCUCUCGUCGUUAAUCUUUUUUGUCUGCCACAAUCACUUUUGCAAGAAGUGGCUUUAAUUCGGGUGGACGCCACAUAGAGAGACUUUCUUGAUAAAUUUUACAAAUAGUUUUGUUAAAUUAUUAAAUUUUACAAACAAUAGUAUUUUCUUCGUGCGUUCGUUUAAUUUACGGAAACUUCGCCGUGCGUAUCGCGCGUUUCACGAAAUCGAAUCGCGACAUUAUUGCAUCCAAAAAACUCCGUCUAAUGGACGCCGUUCGAGCGUACGCACGGCCCGUGAAACCAGAAUCUGCCCGUGAGCACUCGUGGCCUGGGGAAAAAUUAUUGGACCGCUUUUCCAGACCAUCGGACCAGCAGAAAACUGGAACUUUCACGUACAUACGUACUUGGCUUCACACGUAUACACACGUGUGUGCACGAUGAAUGGAUCAAGGAAGCGCGAGAUGUUCUGAAAGAAUAUGCGCGCCGCGCGCGCAUUCUGCUUGUGAGAGAUCUCGAGAUGGAUUUCCCCGCGGCGGAUUCGAUUAAUUUUUUCCAACUCGUCGACUUUUGACGAGAGAGACGUGUACGUUACAUUCGUUCGCGGCUGAAAUCGAGCGGUCCGACGACAACCAAAGUGUUCUUCGAUUUUUGCGGAUCGUCAGUUAUUUUCUGCAGUUUGUCCCCGACUUCUUUUCCCUCAAAUAUAAUUAAACUUCUUUCUGUAUUCUCGUACGAACAUAUCGACGAAAAAUCGACACUAUAGUCUGUCUUACUUUCUCAGCGAACAAACUUUUGUUCUUCAUUAUUAUAUACACUUUACUAUUAUAGACCAAACUUGUUUGCAUGUUAUUUAUAGAACAAGGUACACCUCUAACAUGUACCUUUUCUUGCAUCGAUAUAUCAAAAGGAUACGUGUGCGCGCACGCAAAUCGUUCAUACAUAUACGCGUCUCUUCGUAGAUAUGAAAGAUAAAUGAGUGUUUAUCCUUAGGAAAAUAUAGUUCUUGUUUUCCAUAAAAGUUCCUUCACUUCGUCCAUCGACGUCCCGAAGAAUCAUGAAUCUUGCAUCGAGAUAGACGCGUCUAACAGUACGUAGAAAAUUAUGCGGCUAUACAGUCGUGUACACUCAAUCCUGCUUCAGUUUUCAACCAGUUACAUCCGCAUCUAGCUAUGCACUUCUCAUGACUAUUGAUUAAUCCGAAAAUUCUUCAGAAUUAAUUAAUAUUAAUUAAUUCUAGACAUUCUUAUUA